AAUCUUCCCUUUAUAUACCGCCAAUGAUUCUCCCCAGCAACCCACAAUCACAAAUCAUCUCUCGGAAAAUUCCCAUUUCAGAAUUUGCAAAAAAAUAUUACUCCAUUCUUCAAAAUCUAGUUAAGUUUCAAUGGCAGCUAAGAGAAUUGAAACGGUUGUAAUUCUGAUUAUUGCAGCAACAUUGUGGGCAGGAGCUGCAGCACAAUCAAGUGACUGCUCUAAUGUGCUCAUCAGCAUGUCCCCGUGCCUGAAUUACAUUACUGGAAACUCCUCGAGCCCAUCUUCUUCAUGCUGCUCUCAGCUUUCCAGUGUCGUUAAGUCGCAGCCUCAGUGCUUGUGUCAAGUCAUCAAUGGCGGCGGCUCCUCACUCGGUAUCAAUGUUAAUCAGACUCAAGCUAUGGCUCUCCCUUCUGCUUGCAACGUCCAGACUCCUCCUGUCAGCCAAUGCAACGCUGCUUCUCCCUCGGGAUCUCCUUCAGGUUCAGGUGGGGGAUCAAAGACUGUUCCAUCAACAGAUGGGGAUUCAUCAAAUGGAAAUGCUACAAAGCUCACAUUUUCUCUGCUUCUGCUGUUGCUCUUCGUUGCAUCUACUCAGUUUUAAAUUAAUUUUUUACCAUUUUACAUAUAAAAAAAGUGUUGCAUUUUUUAUUUUUAUAUAUAUUUUUUGGGAGUGUUUUAUUGUAUGAUUAAUUUAUAUUUUAUAG